AUGACCGAACACAAUAUUUGGUCCCACUCAGCUCGGAAACGCGUGUGGAAAUUGGACAAGACCAAAGGACUGCACAGAGUUAGGACAAAGAUGGAGAGCCUCCUGGAAAUGUCUGUGCAGGACUUGAGGUCUACUAGUCAUGAGGAAGCUUUGUCAGCUUUUGAUUCAGAGCUGUUGUCGCUGUCCCAGUCAGAACUUGCUUCUCCGAAUACCGUGGUUGUUCCAUCUUAUACAGGCGAAGAUGGCGAUCAUCAGCUCGCUGAAGAGGUAACUGAGGACAAACUCAGGAGAGUGAGGCAUCAACUCGAACCUGGCGAUGUCAUUGAGGUUGUUAGCACUGUCUGCCAAGUAUCCGUUGGCAUGUUGAUCUUCGGGCAUACCCACCUGUACAUGUUAGAAGGACUCGUGGAGAAUAGUGAAGGCAAAGUUAUUGAUGCAGGUGAUGCGCCGGAAGGAUUGUUCCUCAUAUCCGGAAGUGCCGUGGACGUUCGGAACUCGCAGCGGGCUCAACGAUGGUCAUUAGAGCAAGUUUCAGGCUUCUCUGACAGGAUGUUCCAUUUCCAGGAUGUAGGUGCUGACAAAGAGCCAUUUCACUACGGAACACACUUCAGCUCAUCGAUGAUCGUUUGCCACUUCAAUAUUCACAUGCAGCCAUUUACCAAUAUGUUCAAGACGCUACAGAUUCCUCAAGAAUUCAUCAAAUCUCAACUUUGGUAUCUCUCAAGCUACCAGAGAAUGGUGCUGUUUGAUCUAUGGAUUGAAGAAACGGUUUGUGUCCUAAGGGGUAACCUGUACAUGAAUCACACAGAUAUCACAGAGCCCUUUGUUGAUCCUGCUACUGGCACUGAGACAUGCAAGAAUGUGUUCAUAAUUUUUGCACAUGGUGACGCCUUACUUGCGAAGCUACGGAAAGUGGCAGAGGGUAGUAAUCAGAAUGCACAUCAUUGCAAGUCCAAGAAGGGAGAGUACAAGGGGAUGGGGGAUUCAUUGCGGAAGGAGACGACCAACCUUACAUUCCUCAUAUCCCUCGACAGAGCAAGCAUGGCGUUCGGUGCAUUUGCAUUUGCAUGCACAUUAUUGUUGCUACUAACCGAAAUAGUUCAAUCAUCUUUAGGAUAUGCUGUAGAAUGCACUCACUCAUUCUCUCAGACCCUGAACCCGAGUACCUUCGCCAAUGCAAUCUGA